AUGGAACUCAACCAAGAACAUUUUCGCGCCAUAAUUUAUUACAACUUUCAGAGACAAUUAUCGCAACAAUGCCUGACGCCACAUCAGUUGACAAUUUCCCGUUGGUAUGAAGAAUUCAAACGUGGACGGGUGAGUCUUAGCGACGAUCCCAGGGUGGGUGCACCAAAAACGGCAGUCACCCAGGAAAACGUCGAUGCUGUGCGCAAACUCAUCAUUGAAGAUAGACAUGUGACAUAUCGCGAGAAUGAGGCGUCCUUGAAGAUCUUAAAGACCUCAAUUCAAAAAAUUUUACAUGAAGAAUUAGGAGUAAGAAAAUUAGUUUCUCGUUGGACAUCCCACCUGUUGACUGAACACCAGAAAGCAGCCAGAGCUAAUUUUUGUCAAAAAACGCUUGACCGUUUCAAUUCCGGAAACUCAAAAAAUGUGUACAGCAUUGUUAGUGGUGAUGAAUCAUGGAUGCACUGUUAUGAACGAGAAAAGAAACGACAGUCGGCUGUUUGGGUGUUCCAAGCGGGUCAUAUUGCAACAAUUCCUCUUAAUGAGCAAAGAACUGUUACUGCGGAUUGGUAUACCACCAUUUGUUUGCCAAAAGUCAUCACCGAGCUUCGAAAAAUCAACCCCGGAAGAAGAAUCAUCCUCCACCAAGACAAUGCAAGCUCCCACACAGCCCAAAAAACAAGGCAGUAUUUAACGGAAGAAAACGUGGAACUAUUUUACCAUCCUCCAUAUAGUCCAGAUCUAAGUUCUAACGAUUUCUUUACUUUCCCGAAAAUUAAAAACAGACUGCGUGGUCGAAGGUACCAGUCACCAGAAGAAGCAGUUGACGCAUUCAAAAAUGCCGUUUUGGAUCUGCCAGCAAACAUGUGUAUUAAUCUUCGUGGAGAAUACUUCGAAAGACAAUAA